UAAAGUAGAUCCCAGAAAAAGGUAACAAAGAAACGAUUCAUGUUUGAAAUGGAUAACUUGAAUUGCCAGGGAAAUCGUUUUAUAACUAGUUAGUAUAAGCUGGUUGUUUAGUAUCAAAUAAUCAAUGUAUCAGUUUUGUACUGUAUAAGCGAUCUAAAGGUCAUUCAGUUUCUUUUAUUAAGUGAAUUUUAAAUCAGCAGACAGAUUUUUGCAGCUAUGUCAAGCUACAUCUAUUUCACCUUGUGUAAAUAAGGUUUCCCGGAAAUAGAAUGAAUUUGCUGAUGAAUUAAACCAUUUCGAUUUUGCAAAUCAAGUAAGAAACGAGUAAACGGAUCAGCCAUAACCGAACCAGCCUCUUGGUUGAAUAAAGAGAAGGAUGUUUUAUUUUAAAACAAUGCACAGGGCAUUUUAGCUAUCUUGUCUGAUGUUGUUCGGCUAAUACGUGGCUCAUAAAUUUAUGGAUGCAAAUAUUAACAUCAGUUAUCAUCAGUUUAAUGUCUAUUCCAGAACAAAAUUUACAACUCAACAUACAUGUAUAUGGUAUGACUUUUUGCUUUGAAUAGAGUUCGCAAAAAUGGCAAUAAAUUUUUUAAUAUCGAGUGAUUUUCCGCACCAGAUAAUGAUAACUUAAAAUCAGUUUUUUUUGGAAUUUUCAAGACUUUCCAAACUAACUUAAAAUGUCAAAAUUUCAACAAAAAAAUGUUACUGAUGUAAACUAACCAUCGAAAACAUAAUUUUUACACAUGCUACAACAAUAAAAACAAUCAUUCAUUUCGGGUUCACUUAGAUGUCACUUAGGUUCAGAUGUUUAAUUAGCUCAUUGUUUAUUUGAAUCUUUUACAGUCAAGUGGCUGAUGCAGUAAAAUAAAAUUGAGUACGUUUUACUCGAUUUUGUCUGAUAAAACUCUGAUUUUCUAACGAUAAUCAAGUGAAUAAAAUUUUCAUCGCCUUGAAAAUUGUAAAAACCCGUUUUGACAUGAAAAAAGCCUUGUGAAGUUAAUGAAUAGAUACCUUUCCGAUAUGAAUUUUGUUCAUUGAUAUUGUGACGCACUUGGGAAAACAAACAAAGUGAAUAAGUCGCUAUAAAAAAGAGACAUAAAUCUUAAAAAUUAAGAUGAUUACAGUCCAAGAAAUACUUUUAGAUUGAUAAAUUGCUGACUCAUUUUUAUGAUGCGAUUAGUGAAUGAAAUUCAGAAUAAUUGGCGAAAAUGCUAAGCAAAAUUCUGGUCUUAGCUUAAGCCUUUUUUUGAACUUAUGACUCAUUCUAUAUGGUUAUAUACGCGUAUAUUGUGAUGGUUCAUUCAAAUUGUCGAUAAAAUCAUAUCCUUAUAGCCUUAAAGUUUCAAAAGUCUGCUGUUUGAAGUCCAUUUAAUCAUAUCGAAACUGCAAAAUUAUUCAACUAUAAUGAAGUAAACGCCAACGAAGCUUUCAACUAGUAUAAAAUGAAGCGAUCGUAAUAAAAAGAUUUCCCUUCAACAUAGAAGUAUAAAAAGCUAGCUUGUGUCGAUAUUUUCAAUUGUUCAACUAUAAUAAAUCAAAAAGUUAAAAUACGAAAUCUUAUUGAACACACCUGAGAUAAAAAACAAAUUUCGAUGUCUCAUCUUAUCAACUUUGACAUUUCUAUUACUCGUUUUAAAUUUAAUUUUCAUCAGCUGUAUUUGAGUUGCUAGGCUAGUAGAAUAACUUUUUCAUUUUCAAACGCAGUUUCUUGUUCAAUUUGAAUGAUGAUUAGCAUGUUUCUAUUCAGAAAGCAAUUAAUAUUCCUAGAUACAAAUACCAUUGGUUAAAUGUCUUUUUGUGAACAGUUUAUGAAAUGUUGAUACUUAUACCACACUAAUGAAGCAAACAAUAAAGAAGUUUUCAAGAGAUCAGUAACUAGCAUGAAAUGGAGCGAUUGCAAUGAAAAGAAUCCAAUUCAACAUAGAAGUAUAACAAUAAGGCAUAAAAAGUCCUCGUUGGCCCAUUUUUCUUCUCAUUGAAUUGAAAGAAAAAUAAGGAAACCCUUUCUUCUAACAAAGUAAAAGUAAGUCGAGUAAUGAGAGAGUAAAAAACGUUGCCUUAAGAGGAUAGUGGUGUGGAACAAUCGCACAGGCUUAAAAAACGGGUACUCUAGUGCAAUUUCACUAGUGCAACGUAAUUUAAAUUUCAGUUUCAAUGCUCAAAUGAUGCGAAUUCAGGUUUACAAUGCAUUACUGAUUAUGAAAUGAUCUUUGAGUAUCAACAAAUGAUUUUACUUACUGUAUGAACUUAAUAUGAUUGACUAGCUUUGGCUAAUGAGUUUACGAUCUUUCACGCUACGAUAGUGACCUUUCAAGUCGACUCACUCGCAAGCGCCACAAACAAGAAGUUAUCAUCAUUAGAAGUACAAUCAGGGUUUAACAAGUCAUUUUUUUGACAUGACUGAAAUUCCUGAUUCUGAAUGUUGAUGCGAAGAAUUGCCAAAAUGCUAGGAAAGCUGCCGAGAAAAGACUUUCUACCGCAAUAGAAAAGAAUAAAAGCAAGAAUUAGAGAAAAGCUUAACCCAAUGAAAAAGACAAAGAUUUAGACAAAUUAUAUGAAAAAAUUUUAAAUUUUGUUUCAACCAAUUGUUGAAUUAUAACGAAUUUUGCAAAUAACAAUACAUAGUGUAUAGCUAAUGUUAUGUAAAUUUCUGCUGAUGCGUGGAAUGGAAAGAAUGAAAUUGAUCCAUCACAUACAAUUAGGAAUGUAUUCAGUCACAUAAGUUUUCGGUAAAUUACCAAGACUUAGAAGUUCUUCAAGAAUGACUAAAUCAUUGAAUAUUAUCACUGGAAACUCGGUUGAUCUGCUUACACUGCAAAUUCAACUCAAAUAAAAAUCUAGUAACAAAUGGUUGUCCAUCAGCUGAACCAGUUAUUUUCUUGGCAAUAAUUCCAUUAAUUGUUUAAAUGGUAACAAUAAUGAGAGGCUAAUCUCAAAUUGAGAUUCUCAUUGGGGACUCUAAAUUUUUCAAUAGUUACAAAAGCAAUACUGGCCUUAAAGUGAGAAGGCCAAAGUGAGCUGGCGGCUACUUCUACAGCCUUGCCGUUCUGUGUUAAGAACCAAACCUUUAUCAUAUUUUGUCAGUUUACUUUCAGCUUAAACUCAUUUCCACGUGUUUCCUUUUUUAAAAUUCCACUGAAUAUUGAUCAUAAUGCUUGUUAAAAUGGCAGAACAGAAUGAUUCCAAUAAAACUACAUUCAAAGUGAAGUUUUUAGGUGACUAUCAUGACAUAGUCAUUCAUUGGAAUGAUGAAUAUGACCAUCAACAGCUAAAAAAACAAUUGUUCGCACAGCUUGAAUCAAUUACUGGAGUACCAAGCCAACAUGUUUAUAGUAUUUAUCUUCGGGAUCCUAAUGUACAGGGGGAGAGACCCAGCUAUGAAUAUUAUUACUCUAUUUUGAACCUGACCAAUUCUCAUGGCUAUCCGAACCAUCUGGCUAAGGAGCGAUUCUGUGAUGCAAUUAGUUUUGCCGGUUUCCGUUUUCUUCUCGAUUAUAAUGUUUAUUUUGAUUCGCCGCCUGAUGUGAACCUUCCCAAUACUUGUGUAAUUUAUCGCCUAAUACCUGAAUGGAUGGUUCCAGAGGGAGUGUGCAGAUAUGGUUUUUGUCAACAUCGAAAUACUAAAAGUAUCUUCAACAAGAUACAAGAUCUUAUUAAUAACGUUGAAUUGAAUGCGAAAAUUUGGUCUCACGUUCGACCAAUACAAGCAAUGAGACAAAGACGAAAAAUUUACAGGCAAUUCAAUGUCCUACAAUAUUUCUGGCUUAUUUGUGAUGAUGUCUAUUCGCGAUUCCCCAAUGAUACACAAAGACUUAUAAAAUGUGAGCCAAACCUUUACCUGAGAACUCGUGGUUGAUUAUUAAUUAUUUAACUUACUACAGACUCGAAGUUUCUUCUGAUUUAUAAGUAAAAUGAUGACAAAUAAAAUGUAAUGAAUGCAAAAUUUGUUUGAUGAACAUAAAGAAUCAAUGAAAAUAAAGAUUUUGCUGCUUUUCAUUUCUUGCUAUUAACCUUAACCUUUGCUAAUAAGGUUGUGGAAAUAGGAAUU